CUUCACUCCCCUUUAACUAAGCGGGCGCCGGGCGGAUCAGUGUAGAAAUAAGUUGGCGCACUCAGCUCUUAGCCUCCAGCCCGUACCCUUUAGGAGUUAACUGGAGCCGCGCACGGAUCCGCAUCCCGGCGCCGGAAGUCUUGCGUUGUUCCAGGGAUCUGUACAGUACGAUCCGAUGGGCAGCGCGGUGCUGCGCGCUAUGGGCUGGAGCUGAGAGUCCUCACCCCGCUGGAGUUCUGCUUGGAUUAUUCCUGCACUUUUUGUUUCCCCCACCCCCACCAUGUUGCGGAAUAGUGCGGCCCGGAGAACCCCCACAGGAUAAUGCAUUGGGACUGGCGGCUGGGAUGGAGACCGGGGGGAUGGUGAGCAGGCUGCUCGCUUGGCUUCUGUCGGGCUGCGUUGUCUCCUUGUUGCUGCUGAGGGGCACUGGGGCGCAGAAAGGUGAUGGUUGUGGUUACACUGUUAUUGGCCCAGAAAGCGGAACUUUGACAUCCAUGAACUAUCCCAAGACCUAUUCCAAUAACACUGUGUGCGAGUGGGACAUCCAUGUCAAACCUGGCGAGAGGAUCCUGAUCAAAUUUGGAGACUUCGAUAUUGAAAAUUCCGAUUCUUGUCAUUCGAGCUAUUUGAGGAUCUAUGAUGGCGUUCGGGAAUCCCGCACUGAGAUUGCUAAAUAUUGCGGCUCAGCCUUGCAGUUAGAGAGCCCCAUCAAGUCCAGGACAAAUAAAGUCACCGUGCAGUUCAUGAGUGGGACACACAUCUCUGGGCGAGGAUUUCUGGCUUCCUAUUCUACCACUAAUAAAACAGAUCUUAUAACAUGCUUGGAAAAAGCAAGCCAUUUCUCUGAACCUGAAUACAGCAAGUACUGCCCAGCUGGAUGUAUGACACCUUUCGGGGAAAUUUCAGGCACCAUUCCUCUUGGAUAUAGAGACUCUUCCUCACUGUGCAUGGCCGGGGUGCAUGCGGGAGUAGUGUCCAACAUCCUCGGUGGCCAGAUUAAUGUUGUUAUCAGCAAAGGCAUCGAUUUUUAUGAGGGCUCCCUGGCAAACAACAUCACAUCCAAAGUGGGCUCAUUGUCUUCAACUCUGUUUACAUUCAAGACAAGUGGGUGCUAUGGAACUCUGGGAAUGGAAUCUGGCGUUAUCCCAGAUGCCCAGAUAAAUUCCUCGUCUUUUCUGGAAUGGACGGACAACACAGGGCAGACUAAUGCUUGGAAAUCGGCAAGGGCCCGGCUGAAGAAGCUAGGGCCCCCCUGGGUGGCCUCAUUAAGUAACGAGUUUCAGUGGCUUCAAAUCGACCUUAGCAAACUAAAAAGAAUAACCGGCAUCAUAACAACAGGCUCAACCAUGGACAAAUUCAACUACUAUGUUUCUUCUUACAAGAUUGCUUACAGUGAAGAUGGCACCAAAUGGACUGUAUACAGGCAGCCUCAUGUGGAUCAAGACAAGAUAUUCCAGGCUAAUUUAGAUUAUAAUCAUGAGGUUCGCAAUAACUUCAUACCGCCUAUCGUGGCUCGGUUUGUGAAGAUCCAUCCUCUGCAGUGGCAUAAAAAAAUUGCCAUCAAAGUUGAACUGCUUGGAUGUCAGUUUAAUGCUCCUCCAAAGCUAGUGAUGACAGAAGUUCCAGUACUGAGGCCACGAGCCAAUAACAACUCCCCAGUGCGGAUAGACAAGACCACCUCUCCACCCGAAAUCAAGAAUACCACUGUUACACCAACUAUUAGCAAAGAUCUGCCCCUGGUCACCAUCCUGGUUCCUGUGUUAGUCAUGGCUCUCACCAGCAUCAUCCUGAUCUUAGUCUGCGCUUGGCACUGCAGGAACAGGAAGAAGAAGGCAGAAGGAACAUACGAUUUGCCUUAUUGGGAUCGUGCAGGCUGGUGGAAAGGAAUGAAGCAGUUUCUUCCAGCUAAAUCAGCAGAGCAUGAGGAGACCCCCGUACGGUACAGCAGCUGUGAAGUGAGCCGAGUGAGACCCAGGGAGGUGGCGACCAUGUUACAGGCAGAGUCUGCAGAGUAUGCCCAGCCUUUAGUUGGGGGAGCAGUGGGCACCCUUCAUCAGAGAUCAACCUUCAAACCAGAGGAAUGCAAAGAACCUGGUUACGCCGAUCUGGAUUCCUACACCAACCCAGACGAUGCCAUUUAUCAUGCCUAUGCAGAGCCGCUGCCUACAAAUGGACCGGAAUAUGCAACCCCUAUAAUCAUGGAUAUGUCGGGCCAUCCAGUUGGACCUAUGGGCUUGCCGUCUACAUCCACAUUUAAAGUCCCAGGGAGCCAAGCCCCUCCGUUAGUGGGGACUUACAAUAAGCUCUUAUCUAGGACGGACAGUUCAGCAUCCACACAGGUACUAUACGACACCCCUAAGGGGACACAGGGAGUAUCCGCCAUGGAGGAAAUGUUGUACCAAGUACCACAGAGUGUGCCACAACAAACCACGAGCAGGGACGUGCCUCCUUAGUAUAUACGGCAACUACAGACUUAAACCACGUUCCACGAAACGGCUUUCAUUUCUACGAGCACGUUGCAUUGUGUGUAGGUGUGCAUUUACAGGUUGUAAUCAUAUCGAUAAAACCAUCAAACAAAUAUUCCAAUCACUGUUCACCGCUUGUACACCUUUCCAUCACAAUAAACAGCCCAAUGCACCCACUGAGGAUGCUGGGAGUUGCAGUGCAGCACUUGCUGUGCUGUGUUUUAUGACUUGAGCAAUAUGGAAUUGAAUGUUCUCCCUGUAGUACAUGAGCUUACUAUAGGCUUUAUUAUCCAAUGGGAGCACAGCCUAUCCAUCCGUCUGUGCAGCUGGGAAAGCUUUUCUGUUAGAAAUCAUAGCGGCCCCAUACUGGGGGGAUCUAAAUGUAAGUUAUGGAUAAUGAGUGCACGUCAUAGUUGUGUAGUAGCAGUGGGAAGCUAGUAGGUAUGGUUACUAGAGGAACCUUUCAUCCAGUAGUUGUACAGUAGUCACUUAUGUGGCCAAUGUUUAUCAAGUUGUGUUAAGGUGAGGGUUUCCCCCGACCCCCGUCUCGAAGCACUAGAUCUGUCUCUGUUUAUCUGACCCACCUGAGAUUGGGACUGGGGUCACAUUUUAACAAAGGCAACAAGAAAUGUUUAUUUUAUGGGUGUUCACACUGCUGCCCAGAGAAAAUAAUUCUAUUUUUUUUAUAGUCAAAUGUCUAAUGGUUAUUUUUGGAUAGAAUGUUGGGUUUUUCCAUGUUUUUAUGUGUGAUUGUGUCUAAUACUAAGCAAGAGCAUUAACACACAAGAGUAUUAGAAGUGGUUACAUCCAGAGUAGUAUCAGUGCCACUAGUUGUGUAUUCAGUAGCUGUGCUACCCCCUUCCCGCCCCUAAUUUGCAUAUGCAAUUUAGGGUUCAGGUUCGGUCGAAUUUUUCACAAAGGAUUCGGGGGUUGGCCAAAUCCAAAAAAGUGGAUUCGGUGCAUCCCUAAUAAUAUAUAGGUGGGACAACAAAACCGCAAUGUAAAAUGAGGGGAAACCUAAAAUCGGGGGAUGUAAGGUGCUGGGUGACAUUUUGGAUUUGGGUGAAUCACAUGGAAUCCAGGGCAGUGUGGGGGUUGCUUUCCCAUAAAGCAUCAGCACUGGUUCCAUUUAGUUUGGAGAAUUCUGUUCCCCAUUCCUUUUUACCUGCAUCCCGUGGAACUGGCUGUCUUUUUAUAUCCUUAUAAAUGGCACAUUCUGACAUCAGAACAAGCCGUUUAUAACAGGGGUCCCCGACCGCCGAAUUUGACGCCGCACGUCCGAAUUGGACGCCUUCGGCCUUGUGCAUUUAUAUGGUCACAUAACUCCUCGGUGACAUAAUAUCUUUAUACAUUACAAUAGGGGGUGCAUUAUCCACUAUAUAAUUACUGUUGUUAAUGAGAACUGAAGAGAAGAUUUUAUUGGCUUGUGAUGCCGACACCAAGGGGCACAUCCAAGUUUGAGAUCAAAUUCUAGUAACUUUUGAUGAAAGAAAACUGGAUUUCCAUGGCUUGGGAAUAUUAGAUAUGUGCAUUGUUUCUACAAAAACAUUUGAGACUUCCAAGUGAAAGCAAAGUCUGUAUUCAUGACGGGGGAUCUUUCUUUUGCUCCACUGGAGUAUUUUUAGGUUUUUCUUGCUUGUGAAAACCGAAGCAAGAAAUGAUAAAUACCUGAUGGGGGAAAGACAAGAAAUGUUUCCUGCAAAAAAUUGAAUUCACUGUUCAUUAUAGAAAAAAAAAAUUAAUUGCUCUUCCUACUUUUCAAUAUUUUUUGAUUUUCCGAUUUAUCAGAUUUGACCAUGUUUGUGUAGCCAAGGCUUCAACCCCCACUCUGUAAGUAGUACAGGCCAGCCAAGGCUCUUUCAGUAUAUGAAUUGUGCGUCACCCUUAUAUUACAUUGUGUUAUCACACUGGGAAUGUCUCCAUUAUAACAAGAGUUGAAUUUCUACGAGUUGUGCUGUUUAUUUGUAGGACAGUCUGGUUAGUAAAGGGGUGGUCAGCCCUGAGCUCAUGUCUAAUUCGGGAUGAUACAGACUAUCCGCUAGAAGCCACAUAACAAGGGGCAGAUUUAUCAAGGGUCAAAUUUCGAAUUCAUGUUUUUACAACUCCCAUGAGCCAUCUAAAUGUAUUAUAAAAAUUGAAUUUUUAAAACUCUGGUGAAUAGGAUCGACCCGAAAACUCGAAUCUCGAAUGUCAGGAAGGCUGCAAACAACUGCAAAUUGAUCCAUGGACGGUUCCCAUUGACUUAAACAGCAAUUCGGCAGGUUUUAGGUGACAAAUAGUCAAAUUCGAGCUCUUAAAGGGCCAGUUUAUGGUAAAUCUCAAAAAUCUACUCCCUAGUUGAAUUUGACAGUUUUGAUAAAAAAAGUAAAAAAAUUUGAAUUUUCAAUUCAACCCUUGAUAAAUCUGCUCCGUAGUGUUGCUAAUUCAUUGCACAAAAGCCACAUUCUACAUACCAGCCUGCUGUGAUGUAAAGAACCCCGUCACUUACAGAGGAUGCUGGGAGUUGUACUUCAGCACAGCGAGACGGCUGCUAAUGUAACAUCCCAGCCCUGUGCCCAUUGUUCCAAUUCAUUGGCAGAUACGAUGGUGGAACUUCCACUCUCCAUGUGCCUGAGCUGGGAAUGGAUCUGUUUUGCACUAUUAUAACAACCAAUCAGCUUUUAGGGCAAGGCCAGAUGUGGCGUUUUUAAAAAAGAACAGCCAGGCUAAAUACGCCACUGAAACCACAUGCGACCGUCAACAUGCGUUUUUCAGCACGUAGGAUUCUUUUCCCAACAUGCACUUCUCAUUGUUCUCAUGCAGAAUUCGGAUGCCAUAUUUAAAAUACGCUGCGUAUUUACGUAAAGUGUGAUUUCAAACGUGCAGAUUUCAUAGAUUCUAUUGAUCUGGUAUUUUCCUGACGUAUUGGCGUGUCUACUAAAAAACGCCAAUACUGGCGUCCUGUGGCGGAUUUCAACUUGCAAGCGCCCUGUGUGAAUUGCCAUAGUGCGUUUUCCAUUAGUUUCAGUGGUAGUGCAGUUUAUGCGUAUUUACGCCUGGCGUAAACGUAAAAACGCCACAUCUGGCCUUGCCCUUAGUCAAAACAAAUGUGAACUAUUGAAAGGACACUCAAACUCUUAACGGUUUAUUGAACUACAACUCGCCCUGCAGCGGUUACAUCCUCGCCUCCCACGUAUCCAUUUAUGAACAACUUGUCAUGUGAUUAUACGUUACAAUACUGCCGUGGAACAAUGCACUUUUCCUGACACCUCGCGCGCACCGUAUUUAUCAAAUGAGAGUUUUUAUUAUUUAAAAUUCUAAAAUUUUUGAUUAUUUUUUUUUUUUUAAGACAUGAACAUGGCAUGAGAUGGACUUGCUUGUAAAACACUGCUUUCAAUUUAUUCAGGUACUGCAGUGGCCAAUAGUUUCCAGAAGACGAGGUGCUGGUGGGUGGCACCUUGACUGUCAUUUCCUUUCAGAUCCGCAUGUACUGUAGACACAUUGUAUUUGUAUAUGUUGUUAGAUUCUAGAGUGUGUAAAUGAGAAAUUCUAUGUUUCUGUUCUGAAAACAUUGUAAAUAAAUCCCAAGAAUUCUCA